UCCACAGCGGCACAGCUCCAUCUGCCGUGCUCACGUGCCGGCUUACCCUUACCUGGCAGGUAGCACCUUGGUUAUCAUCCCCUUCCUUCCUCAACUUCGAAUCCUCCGCCCUUCUCCAAAACCCGCACUCCCCAGCCUCGUCGUCUCCGCCUUCGUGGACUCCUCUUAUACGCCUUGCCCCUACGUCCUGUACACUAGCCCUAGCUCCAGCCACACCUCCACGCGUGCCACAAUGUUCUCCACGGCCAUGUCGUUCUCCACUACGGCGGCGGUCGUCGGCGGCACCGCCAGGUCCGACGCGAUCCGGCCGGCUGACCUCCGAUUCUGCGGCCUGCGGAGAGAAGCCUUCGGCCUUCGAUUGCUACGCUCCUCGCCGCAGGCGGCCGCCGCCAAGCGGAUGGUCUUGGCGGCGGAGGCGACGGGGAACGGUGCGGCCGGAAGCGGCGGGUUCGAUUACGACCUCGUGAUCAUCGGAGCCGGUGUCGGUGGCCAUGGUGCUGCUCUCCACGCUGUCGAGAAGGGCCUGAAAACUGCCAUAAUCGAGGGGGAUGUUGUGGGUGGGACUUGUGUGAACAGAGGUUGUGUUCCAUCAAAGGCACUCCUUGCUGUCAGUGGUCGGAUGCGGGAACUUCAAGAUGAACACCACAUGAAGUCUUUGGGCUUGCAGGUUUCAUCAUCUGGAUAUGACAGACAGUCUGUUGCUGAUCAUGCAAAUAAUCUUGCUUCUAAAAUUCGAAGCAACUUGACUAAUUCAAUGAAAUCAUUGGGUGUGGAUAUACUGACUGGUUUCGGCACAGUUGUGGGGAAGCAAAAAGUAAGAUACGGAAAAGUUGGUUUUCCAGACAAUGAAAUCACUGCCAGAAAUAUCAUAAUUGCCACUGGAUCUGUUCCUUUUGUUCCAAAGGGCAUUGAGAUAGAUGGUAAAACUGUCUUUACUAGUGAUCAUGCACUAAAACUUGAGUCGGUCCCUGACUGGAUAGCUAUUGUUGGAAGUGGUUACAUUGGACUAGAAUUCAGUGAUGUAUACACAGCUCUGGGAAGUGAGGUUACGUUUGUUGAAGCUCUUGAUCAAUUAAUGCCUGGUUUUGAUCCUGAGAUUGCAAAGCUGGCUCAGAGGAUCCUUAUCAAUCCUCGUAAAAUUGACUAUCACACUGGUGUAUUUGCAAGUAAGAUUACCCCGGCAAAGGAUGGUAAGCCUGUGUUGAUCGAGUUGAUUGAUGCUAAGACAAAGGAACACAAAGAAACACUUGAGGUGGAUGCAGCCCUUAUAGCUACCGGGAGGGCUCCGUUCACCAAAGGACUUGGCUUGGAAAAUAUCAAUGUUGUCACGCAACGUGGUUUUAUUCCUGUUGAUGAGCGGAUGCAAGUUACGGAUGCAGAUGGCAAUGUGGUUCCUAAUUUGUAUUGUAUUGGAGAUGCCAAUGGUAAACUCAUGCUUGCUCAUGCGGCCAGCGCGCAAGGAAUCUCUGUUGUUGAGCAAAUAUCUGGGAAGGACAACGUCCUAAAUCAUCUAAGCAUCCCAGCUGCCUGUUUCACUCAUCCUGAGAUCAGUAUGGUUGGGCUGACAGAGCCACAAGCAAGAGAACAAGCUGAUCAGGAAGGAUUUGAAAUAAGUGUUGUCAAGACCAGCUUUAAGGCGAACACAAAAGCUCUGGCGGAGAAUGAAGGAGAUGGAAUUGCUAAGAUGAUUUACCGACCUGACACAGGAGAAAUUCUGGGAGUUCACAUAUUGGGCUUGCAUGCUGCUGACCUCAUCCAUGAGGCAUCAAAUGCCAUUGCCCUAGGAACUCGUGUACAGGAUAUCAAGCUUGUUGUUCAUGCGCACCCAACUUUGUCUGAGGUUCUGGAUGAACUCUUCAAAGCUGCCAAGGUUAAUACGGCCGUUUCACAUUCUGUAAUCGAGCCAGUUGCAGCUUAGAGAGGAGAGGAAGCCAUAGUCCCUCUUAUGGCAUUUGCUACUUCACGAAUACGUAAGAGGAGAGUUUGUAAUGAGUUCCAUUGUUUAGUGGCAAAGCUAUCUAAUUGUCGAGUAGAGGAGAAGAUUUGCUGCUGCUUGUAUGUAUCAAAUACUUGCAAAUUUUGUACGUAGCAUGUUUAGCCAACUUAGAGGUCAUCCUAUCACAUGUUGUCAUCGGUUUGUUCAUCUGACAGGAAAGUGCAUUAUCUUUUCGUGCCUUGGAGCAGCAACGAAACACAAGACAUGGUAUAAAUUCAGGACGUCUCUAAUAUGGUGUUAA